GACGCACGUUCGAAAAAGAAGCGCGAGUGAACAGCAGACCCCUGAAAUGACCUGAAGCCGGAUUUAUUUAGGAAAUUUAUGGACUUUUGGACUGUUUAAAGGGUUAAUAUAUCAAUAUGUCGGUGUUGAAGCCGUUUAGUAAGCUGCCUGGUUUGAAGACAGCGAACAUCUUGCUGGUGGAGAGCGAGGAGCAGUUUCAGCAGAGUUUAGCAGACGCUCUAGUGGAGGAGACUGCUGUCACUGUGAAUGUGAGACUAGCAAAGAGUCUGCCUCUGCCCAUGAAGAAUGAUGAGAGCCGUCCAAGGAUAGACCUGGUGGUGUUUAUCAUCAACCUGGCCUCAGAGCUCAGUUUCCAGUCAGCAGAAGCUUCCCUGAAAUAUUUAGACCCUGGAUAUUUCCUUGGAAAAGUCUGCUUCAUGGUCACUAAUGCUCGUAAUGCUUCAGUCCCCACAGAGCACAUGGACGCUGUCAGAAAACUGGCUGCAUCCUUGCACUGCCCCUUGCUGUUUGCAGAGGAUCAGACACUAGACGGUGUGACCAAUGCUGCAGACAGGCUGCUGACCAUCCUGAAGGUGGCAGCCGGCCUUGUUCCCAUGGCUACCGCUCUCUACCUGUCCAACCUGACUCGCUGCACCGUGCCCCCAGACAUCGACCAGCCAAGCUUCGAUUAGUUCCUGUGGACCUUUUCUCAUCCAGUCUAACUUUUUCAUGCAUAUAUAUAUUUGUAGUCGUCCAUUGUGACUGGACUCUUAAAACUGAUAACACAUUAGCAUGUUAUUUCCUCCAUUCAUUUGACAUUACAUUUUUCUGCUUUGGUUUUGAGCUGCUGUAGUUUGUGUCUUCUCUCUGCAGUAAUGGUUUUUAUUUUCCCUAAAGUGCAGAUCAGCAGAAGCGGUUAGUGAGGGGCUCUAACCAUCUGUGGACUGAGGAUUUCAAAUACUAUUACUUGUGCUAGAACUGGAUGCCAUACAAAUAUAUUGUAACUUAUAAACACGUUUCAUGAACAGUUCUUUCGCCUGAUCUGUAAAGAACACAGCAGGUCUUUUUACAGAGGACGUUUUGACAUGUUACAGGAGGACAACAGGUCUUAGUAUUGUUCAUGCUUUAGGGGACAGCUGAAUAAAGUAGAAAUUGUUUAUGUUAUUAGUAACACCUCUGCUUUUCUUCUAUUAUGUCAAGUCAAAAGUUCUGUCAGCAGCAAAUGUGCACACUAAACUCUGUUCACUUUUUGACAGUUUGACAUGAAGCAGAGUAUUUUUAUCAACGCAGUCAUCUUUUUCAAUAUUAACUUUUAACAGUCAUCUAAUGGACAGGCUGGUAGUUUUACUGAAUGUUCAUUUUUUGUGUGCAAUUCAUCAAUUAAAGACUCUGCACGUACACAAUA